AUGGACCGCCCCUUUGAUAUCCCAGACUCCACGGACUGGCUAAACUCCUCCCUCCCUGUUGUCGCGCCACUCGAGUCCGCUUUACGAUGUCAAAUCUGCAAGGACUUUUUCAACAACCCCGUCAUCACAUCGUGCUCGCAUACGUUCUGCUCUAUAUGUAUUCGAAGAUGUCUAAGUAGCGAAGGGAAAUGCCCAGCCUGCAGAAGUUCGGAUCAGCUACUGAAACUGAGGCGCAAUUGGGCUGUUCAGGAAAUUCUGGAAAGCUUCCAAAAUGCUCGAUCGAAUAUUCUUGAUCUAGCACGACUGCCUCAGACGGCCAAUUCUACAGGAGAAAUCCAAGAGGAGGAUGGUGCUUUGUCGCAUCCGGCGACUAAGAAACGGCGAUUGAACCAACCCAACGACGCUCCUGCCGUUCCUGCGCAGCCCGAGAUGAGAAGGACAAGAUCGCAGGGGAGACAGAUUGAGCGACAAGUCACGCCGGUGGAAACCGAGAUUAUAGAGGACAGCAAGGAUGAGGACUACAUCCCAGAUGAUGGCUUGGUCCCUUGUCCUAUGUGCAAUCGUCGAAUGAAAGAAGCAGCGGUUUUCAACCAUUUAGAUAACUGCAAAGGGCCUGUAAAAGAGAGCGUACCGAGUUCUCAGAAUCUCUAUUCACGAGCACCACAGAACUCAUUUCGGACUCUACAAAAUAAAAGUCCCGCUAAACCAUUAGAGCGCCUUCCCACAUUGAAUUAUUCUCUUUUCAAAGACAACAUGUUACGCAAGAAACUCAAAGAUCUCGGCAUCCCGGACUGGGGCACACGACCUCUACUACAAAGACGCCAUACCGAAUGGAUGAAUUUAUGGAAUGCAAACUGUGACGCCAAAAAUCCCAAGACUAAGGAUGAACUUCGUCGAGACUUAGAUAUCUGGGAGAGGACACAGGGCGGGGCCGCACAACAGUCUGGAAUAACAUCAGGACCCAAUGCAGUGAUGGCAAAGACUUUCGAUGCGGCUGCAUGGUCUGCGAAUCACAACGAUGAUUUUAGACGGCUGAUUGAGAAUGCGAGGAAGAAAAAGGAUAUGAUCAAGAAGCAAACGCAAGACCAGGGAGAACCCAAACAAAAUUCUCAACAAGAUGAGAAUGCGCCGGUCAAUAAUGCCAAUGUCCAAAAUAACGCACCAUCUACUAGCCCAACACAGGCUGAGGUAGCAGGAAAUCCGCGGCGAACCUCUCAGUUAUAUGCACUUCUCAACGAAACAUCUGUCGACCAUGUGCAUGGUGGAAGUAAUGGCUACCCCGCAAGAUAA